UAUAUGCUGGUCACGUGACGAGAUACGACAGGGGCAGCCAUUUUGGCAGUCAUCGCGGCAGUAAAUUGACAGGCACUGGCAGACUGUCAAGGAUGGUGGAUAACUGCUGUGCACCAGGUUGCACAAAUAGGCGUGGGAAAAAGAAAGGUGUAUCGUAUUAUCGCAUUCCUAAAGACGCGGAGAGGAGGGAGAAGUGGAUUGGAGCGAUUAAAAGAGCCAGGAGCCUUCAGAAAAAGACUGAAAGAUGGGACCCCCCGGCCGUUGGCUUUCGCUUAUGCAGUGAUCACUUCAUAUCAGGGAGAAAGAGUGAUAAUCCGUUGAGUCCGGAUUUUAUCCCCUCAAUUUUCGAUUACCUUCCAUCUCCAGAGAAGAGGAGACAUAAAACGAGACUGGAGGUUUUUAACAGAAGGCAGAAGGCUAAACUGCACAAAGUAGAGCAGGCAAAGAUAUCUGCAGAAGCCAUCCGUCAAAGGACAUCAACUGAUGCAGCCCCAGAAGACCAUAUCACAGAGCCUUUGAAGGAGCCCCCCAUCACAGAUCCGUUGGAAGACUCAGCCGAUGAUCCUGUCCAGCCUGAACCAGUAACACCACCAUGCACCUCUGAAACCUGCUGUACCCGCAUCCAGAGUCUUGAGCAAGAAUGCCAAGCUCUAAGGGCUGAAAAUGUGUUGUUAAGGGAAAAGAUUAAUAGGAAGACCCUGACAGAGAUUAGUUUAAAUAACAAUGAUAAAAAGGUGAAUGUCCUCACUGGGCUGGCAACCUAUGCAUGUCUCAUGACCAUUUUUCAAUAUCUGGCUCCAUUUCUCAAAGUUAAAUCAUCAAUAACAUGUUUUCAACAAUACAUGUUGACUUUGAUGAAGCUUCGAAUGAACUUAACAUUUGACUUUUUGGGUUUUUAUUUUGGCAUCGACCCAACUACUGUCUCCAGGCACUUCAAAAACUGUGUUAAUUUGAUGUAUUGUAGACUGGUGCCAAGCCUAGUGGUGUGGCCUGAAAGAGAAUCUUUAAGAACAUCUCUUCCAUAUGUAUUUAGAAAUGGUGACUACGAGAAGACUGUUUGUAUCAUUGAUUGCUUUGAAAUAUUUCUAGAGAAACCAAGUAGAUUGCGACCCAGUGCGCAGUGUUACUCAAGAUACAAAUCACAUCACACCAUGAAAUAUUUAAUUGCCAUUUGCCCUCAAGGUUCAAUUUGUUUCAUUUCUACUGGAUGGGGAGGUCGCACCAGUGAUAAGUUCAUUACAGAACACAGUACUUUUUUACCUAAUAUUCUCCCAGGGGAUGUUGUUUUGGCAGACAGGGGGUUUCUGGUGAAAGAGUCUGUUGAAAGGUGUCAGGCUGAAUUAAAAAUUCCAGCAUUUACUCGUGGAAAAACACAGUUAGAUCCUGCUGACAUAGAGAAUACAAGAUCUCUAGCCUCUUUAAGGAUUCACAUCGAAAGAGUCAUAGGAGUACUUCGUCAGAAAUAUACUAUCUUACAAAGCACUGUGCCAAUAACUUUCACAGACAUAGAGAAAGAAAAUGAUGUUACUUAUCUUGAUAAAAUUGUGAGUGUAUGUUGUGGACUAACAAAUGUACCUGAUUCUGUGGUGCCCUUUGAGUGAUGAAUUUGUGCGUCAACAGAAAAUAAACCUUUUUGAUUCGCUUCUCA